AUGAAUGGCCACUCCUCUCCUCUUCAUGUCCUGAUUGCCAACGGCACUGAGCAUGCCAGUGUCCCUCAAAACAUGAAGGUCAGGCUGGGAGCCAACACCCCUUCCAGCCUCCAGGAAGAGGCUGCACCACACACCACAGCCAGGUGUGUCGCCGGGGUAUAUGUGGAGUCCUCAGGGCAGACCCAGAGCAUUCAUGCUGCCAUGAAGCAGGGCCUUCUACCCACUGGGCUUGGACUGGCUUUGCUGGAGACCCAGGCAGCCACUGGGGGUCUUGUGAACCCUGCCCAAGGCCAGCUGCUCCCUGUGUCCGAGGCCCUGAGGCAUGGGCUUGUUGGACUGGAAUUGAAGGAGAAGUUGCUGACCGCAGAGCGUGCAGUGACUGGCUAUCCUGACCCUUAUGGGGAUGGAAAGCUGUCCCUCUUCCAGGCCAUCAAGAAGGAAGUUGUGGAUAAGACCCUUGGGUGGAGUUGGUUGGAGGCUCAGCUAGCCACUGGUGGUCUGGUGGACCCUGACCGAGGUGUGCGAGUGGCCCCAGAGCUAGCCUGUCAAAAGGGGCUCUUAGAUCAGGAGACAUGGCACAGCCUGAUGGAGCCAGAGUCUAGUGUGGAUGCCCCAGGCUUCUUUGACCCCAACACAUUGGAGCAAGUGCCAUAUCACAUGCUGCUGGACAGGUGUGUGCGAGACCCCAGCUCAGGGCUCCUCCUGCUGCCCCUCAAGACCACCUUCCUCACUCUGGGUGGGGCAGCCAGUUCAGCAGAGCUGCUGGAGGCAGGAAUCUUGGAGGAGGAGAUAGUCCAGAGUUUGCAGGAGGGUACACUGGUGGUGUCAGAUGUGAGCUCACGUCCUGAGGUGCAACGCUACCUAGAGGGUACUGGUGGCUUGGCAGGGGUUGUCCUACUGCCUGAAGGCCAAAAGAAGAGCUUCUUCCAGGCCUCCGUUGAGUACUUGCUCCCAAAGGGCCCUGCACUACAGCUCCUAGAGGCUCAGGCCGCCACUCGUACCCUAGUGAACCCAGCCACAGGCCAACGGCUGUGGGUGGACGAGGCAGUCAGGGCAGGCCUGGUUGGCCCAGAACUUCAUGAGCAGCUCCUGAUGGCAGAGCAGGCAGUGACUGGGUACCACGACCCUUUCAGCAGCUCCUGCAUCCCCCUCUUCCAGGCUAUGAAAAAAGAACUGGUGGAUCAGUCACUGGCUCUGCGCCUCCUGGAUGCCCAGUUGGCCACAGGUGGGAUAAUUUGCCCAGCCCGCAGAUUCAGGCUGCCCCUGGAGGCUGCCCUGCGCUUCAGCUGCCUGGAUGAGGAGACUCAGCAACGUCUCUCCCAGACAGCAGGCUUCUCAGAUCCCAGCACACAUGACAGCCUGCACUACGGGCAGUUACUGGCCCGCAGUGUCACUGACCCAGAGACGGGGCUCGCCUUCCUGCCCCUGCAUAGGGAGACCCAUGGAGAGGAGCCCCAGGGACCCAUAUUGAUUGAACACAGCACUCGGCAGGCCCUUAGUGAGGUUACAACCUCUGUCUCCUCAGGGAGGUUCCAGGGCCGGCCUGUGUCCCUCUGGGAAAUGCUCUUCUCUGAGGCAGUGCCCAUGAAGCAGAGGGCAAAGCUGGCCCAGCAGUACCAGGAAGGGGCUCUGGCAGUGGAGGAAUUGGCAGCCCAGCUGAAGGCCACUGUUGAACAGGCUGCAGCCAAGGCCAAAGUUACCUUUGCUGGGCUGAGGGACACUGUGACACCGGGAGAACUGCUGAAGGCUGACAUUAUCGACCAGGAGCUGUUUGAGCAGCUAGAACGUGGGCAGGCCUCAGCACAGGAUAUUGGUAGCCUGGACUCGGUGCAGAGGUAUUUACAGGGCACAGGCUGCAUUGCAGGCCUGUUACUGCCUGAUUCCCAGCAGCAUCUCAGCAUCUAUGAGGCCCGCAGCAAGGGGCUCCUCAGGCCUGGCACUGCCCUCAUCCUGCUGGAGGCCCAAGCUGCCACAGGCUUCAUCAUCAACCCAAAAGAAAACAAGAGGUACUCUGUGGAGGAGGCACUGAGGGCUGGAGUCAUUGGUCCCGAUGUAUAUGGGAAGCUGCUGGCGGCCGAGCGCGCCGUCACAGGCUAUACUGACCCCUACACCGGGGAGCAGAUCUCACUUUUCCAGGCCAUGCAGAGGGACCUCAUAGUCAAGGACCAUGGCAUCCGCCUGCUGGAGGCUCAGAUUGCCACAGGCGGUGUCAUUGACCCCGUGCACAGUCACCGUGUGCCUGUGGACGUGGCCUACCAGCGCGGAUACUUUGACCAGAUGCUGAACUCAAUCCUGUUGGACCCCUCUGAUGACACCAAAGGCUUCUUUGACCCCAACACACAUGAAAACCUCACCUACCUGCAGCUGCUGGAGCGCUGUGUACGUGACCCUGAGACAGGCCUGUACCUCCUGCCACUCAAUAGCACACGGCCCCAGCUGGUAGAUGGUCCCACCCGGCAGGCUUUCCAGAACUCGCUGUUAUCUGUGAGGUAUGGGCGGUUCCAAGGACAGAGGGUUUCUGCGUGGGAGCUGAUCAAUUCAGAAUACUUCACUGAGGCCUGGCGGAGGCAGCUACUGCAGCACUAUCGGCAGCACAAGGUCACAAUGGAUAGGGUUACUCAGCUGCUGGAGAGAGAGAUGAGGAGAUGGGCAGAUAUCACCCUGCCUGCAUUGCAGGGUCGUGUCACUGCCUAUCAGCUCCUGGAGGCCCGCAUCAUCAGCCAGGAGCUCCUGGACCAAGUGCUGGAGGGAGCAGUCAGCCCUGGUGCACUCCUCCACAUGGAAGGCGUCCGCAGGUACCUGCAGGGCUCAGGCGCCAUUGGUGGCGUGGUCCUGCAGCCCUCGAACCAAAGGCUAAGCCUGUACCAGGCUAUGAAAAAGAAGCUGCUGGCACCUGGCGUGGCUAUGGCCCUGCUGGAGGCGCAGGCAGCCACUGGAGCCAUCAGAGACCUCUGCAGUAUGGAGACCCUGUCAGUGGACGAGGCUGUGCGCAGAGGUGUGGUGGGGCCAGAAGUGUAUGGCAGACUGAAGCGAGCUGAAGAUGCUAUCACUGGUUUCAGAGACCCAUUUUCUGGAAAGAGGGUGUCCUUGUUCAAGGCCAUGAAGAAGGGCCUUGUCCCUGUGGAGCAGGCUACCCGUCUACUAGAGGCCCAAGUAUCCACAGGAGGGGUCAUUGACCCCACAAGUCAUCACCACCUGCCCAUGCCCGUGGCUGUCCAGCGUGGCUGUGUCGACCAAGAGAUGGAGGUGGCCUUGUCCAGAUCUCCGAAGACCUUCCCCAUGCCAGAUGGCCGAGGGCACACCAGCUAUGCCCAACUUCUGGAGCAGUGUCCCCAGGAUGAGGCCUCUGGGCUUCACUUCUUGCCCCUGACAGAAGAUGCCCCUGCUGUCCCCACUGACGCCCAGAUCCAAGAAACCCUGCAGGCAUCAGUGGGUACUGAGGAUGGUGUGUCCCUCUGGGACUUGCUCACCUCCUGCCACUUUACUGAGCAGCAGCGCAGGGGUCUCCUAGAGGAUGUGCGGGAGGGGAACACCUCUGUGCCGCAGCUGCAGGACACUGUGCGCAGCUGGGUGCACUCAGCAAAGCUAGCCCAGGCUGGCAUCAUGGUGCCAGGCCCACGGGGCGAGGUCCCUGCCAUCUGGCUGAGGGAUGCUGGCAUCAUCACCCAAGAGACCCUGGGAGCCCUAGCUCAGGGCAUGCAGUCACCUGCUGAAGUAGUUGAGCAGCCCACAGUGAAGGCCUACCUCUGGGGUACGGGCUGCGUGGCUGGUGUGUGGCUACAACCCUCAGGGACCAAGGUGAGCAUCACCCAGGCCAUGAGAGAUGGCCUCCUGCCCAUGGGCCUGGGCCAGCAGCUGCUGGAGGCUCAGGUGGCCUCUGGCUCCCUUGUUGACCCAAUAAGCAACCAGAGACUGUCAGUGGAGGGUGCAGUGAAGGCUGGCCUGGUGGGCAGGGAACUGAGUGAGCAGCUCAGGCAGGCAGAGCGGGCUGUGGUAGGUUACUCAGACCCCUACUCAGGGGGCUCCCUCUCUCUGUGGCAGGCCAUGGAGAAGGGGCUUGUACCCCAGAGUGAGGGCUUUCCCCUUCUGCAAGUACAGCUGGCCACUGGUGGUGUGGUGGACCCUGUACACGGUGUACAUGUGCCUCAGUCAGUGGCCUGUAGACUUGGCCUCCUGGAUGAACAGACAAGCCAGGUACUGAUUGCUACUGAGGAGAACAAGUUCUUCUUUGACCCCAAUGCCCGUGAGAAGGUGACAUACCAGCAGCUCAGGGAGCGCUGUGUGCUGGAUGCUGACACUGGCCUGUGGCUGCUGCCACUGCCCCAGGACACUGCCCUUGAGGUGGAUGACCACACUGCAGUGGCACUGAGGGCUAUGAAGGUGCCCAUCAGCAUGGGGAGGUUCCAAGGACACAGUGUGUCGCUCUGGGACCUGCUCCACUCUGAGUAUGUUGGUUCUGAAAAGCGGCGGGAACUGGUGGCCCUCUGUUCCUCUGGGCGAGCCACAGCCCUGCGGCAGGUAGUGAGUGCCAUUACCACCCUGGUGGAGGCUACGGAGAGUCAGUCCCCGCAGGCCACCUUCAAAGGGCUCCGCAAGCAGGUGUCAGCCAGGGAUUUGUUUAGGUCCCAGCUCAUUAAUAAGCAGACCCUGGACGAGCUGACUCAGGGGAAAAGGACAGUGGAGGAAGUGGCAGAGCUGGACAGUGUGAGGCGCUCCCUGGAAGGAGGCAGCUUCAUCGCUGGGGUCCUUAUUCAGGCUACCAAGGAGAAGAUGAGUAUUGCAGAGGCCCUGAGAAGACACAUCCUGAGGCCUGGCACAGCCCUAGUGCUGCUGGAGGCACAGGCUGCUACUGGCUUCAUCAUUGACCCUGUGGAGAACCGAAAGAUGACUGUGGAACAGGCGUUUCAGGCGGGGAUGUUUGGCAAAGAAACCUUCGUGAAGCUGCUGGCGGCUGAGCGUGCCGUCACUGGAUACACGGACCCCAAUACUGGGGAGCAGAUCUCGCUCUUCCAGGCCAUGCAGCGGGACCUCAUCGUCAGGGACCACGGCAUCCGCCUGCUGGAGGCGCAGAUCGCCACGGGCGGCAUCAUCGACCCUGUGCAUAGUCACCGUGUGCCCGUGGAUGUGGCCUACCAACGUGGGUACUUCAGUGAAGAGAUGAACCACAUUUUGGCCGACCCAAGCGACGACACCAAGGGUUUCUUUGACCCCAACACGCACGAGAACCUCACCUACCUGCAGCUGCUGGAGCGCUGUGUGGAGGACCCUGAGACGGGGCUGUACAUGUUGGAAAUUGUAGAGAAAGGCAGACCCUCCAUACACAUGGAUGACACCAUCAGGAAGGUUCUGCAAUCUAGAACUGUGCAAAUGCACAUAGGGAGAUUUGCAGGUCAGAUGGUAUCUGUGUGGGACCUACUGUCUUCUCAGUACUUCACGGCGGAAAGAAAGAGAAAGCUGAUGCAGGAGUACCAAACCCAGAACAUGGGCCUAGAGAAACUGUUGGAGGUGGUGACCACCUCCGUGGAAGAAAUGGAAAAGCAAAACCAAGUCAUCAAGGUGGCUGCCAUCCAUGGGGAUGUGACUGCUAUGGAACUGUUUGACUCUGGGGUUCUUGAUAAGAAGACCCUGGAUGAGCUGCACAGUGGGAAAAGGGGGUGUCAGGACCUACACCGACUUGAGCAUGUCAACAUCUACCUAGAAGGUAGUGGCUGCAUUGCUGGGGUGACCACACCCCUCACACAGGAGGUGAUGUGCUUCAGUGAGGCCAGCAAGAAAGAGCUCAUCCCUGCAGGGUUUGCGGCUCAACUGCUGGAGGCACAGGCAGCCACUGGUUUCCUGAUGGACCCCUGCACCCACCAGAGGCUGUCUGUGGAUGAGGCUAUAGCUGCUGGCCUGGUGGGAGAAGAGCUACAGGAAAGGCUUAUGAAUGCAGAGAAGGCAGCAAAGGGUUUCAAAGACCCAGGCUCAGGAGAAACCAUCCCACUGUUCCAGGCCAUGGAGAAGAAGCUAGUUAAGCGGGAGGAUGCACUGAGACUGCUGGAAGUGCAGGUGGCGACUGGGGGAGUCAUCGAUCCACUGCACCACCACCGAGUCCCACUAGAAACAGCAUUCAGACGUGGCUGUCUGCACAAGGACAUGGUCAUGCUUGUUGCUGAUCAGAAGCACAUGAGGAGAAGGUUUGUGGAUCCCAACACCCAGGAGAAGGUCACUUACCAAGAGCUGCAGGACAGGUGCCAGAAGGAGGAGGAUUCAGGCUGGGCUCUAUUCCCAGUGGUCAAAGACACAAAGGACAGUGAGUAUGUCGAUGAGGCAACUAAGAAGGCACUGGAGGCAGAGCAGGUGGCAGUGACUGUGGGGAGAUACAGAGGCCAGAGGCGAUCCGUAUGGGAGCUUCUGAACUCUGAGUAUGUGACCAAGGAGAAAAAGCUUGAGCUGGUCAGGAUCUACAAAAAAGACACCAAAAGAGCCCUUGAUAAGGUGGUCAAGGUUAUUCUACAAAUGAUUGCAGACAAGGAAGAGGGUGGCAAAAAUCUCUGGUUCCGAGGCAUCAGAACACAAGUCACAGCGGCAGAGCUCCUCAACUCAGCAGUCAUCACAAAACAGACCUACACAGAACUGGAGGAAGGCAGAAUCACCGUGGAACAGAUCCAAAGAAAUGAAGAUGUCAAAAGAUACUUGGAGGGCACCAGCUGCAUCGCGGGCGUCCUGGUGCCCGUGCAGGGCGAGCCGGGCCGCCAGGAGAAGAUGAGCAUCUACCAGGCCAUGUGGAAGGGCGUGCUGCGGCCCGGCACGGCCCUGGUGCUCCUGGAGGCUCAGGCGGCCACCGGCUUUGUCAUCGACCCCGUGCACAACCGCAGACUGUCCGUGGAGGAGGCCGUGGCUGCGGGUGUGGUGGGUGGCGAGAUCCGAGAGAAGCUGCUGGCGGCCGAGCGCGCCGUCACUGGAUACACGGACCCCUACUCCGGGGAGCAGAUCUCGCUCUUCCAGGCCAUGCAGAGGGACCUCAUCGUCAGGGACCAUGGCAUCCGCCUGCUGGAGGCGCAGAUCGCCACGGGUGGCGUCAUCGACCCCGUGCACAGCCACCGCGUGCCCGUGGACGUGGCCUACCAGCGCGGCUACUUUGACCAGGAGAUGAACCAGGUGCUGGCUGACUCCAGCGACGACACCAAGGGCUUCUUCGACCCCAACACACACGAGAACCUCACCUACCUGCAGCUGCUGCACCGCUGUGUGCGUGACCCGGACACCGGGCUCUUCAUGCUUCAGCUGGCCGGCAAGGGCUCCGCCGUCAACCAGCUGAGCGAGGAGCUGCGCAGAGCCCUGCGUGAAGCCCGCGUGACCCCGGGCUCGGGAGACUUCCAGGGCCAGAGCAUCUCCGUCUGGGAGCUUCUCUUCUACCGUGAGGUGCCAGAGAGCACGCGCCAGGAUCUGCUGCGCAGGUACCAGGCGGGUGUGCUGACCGUCCAGGACCUUAGCACCACCCUCGUCUCGCAGCUGGCCCAGGCUGAGGACAGGAGGCCCCGCUCGGACCCACAGAGGGCCCUCAGUGUGGCCACCAUGGAGGUCAGGGUGGGACGACUCCGCGGUCACGCGGUGCCCGUGUGGGAUGUCCUGACGUCCGGCUACGUGAGCGUGCACAUCCGUGAGGAUCUGCUGGCCCAGCUCAGGUCGGGAAAGCUGGCCCUGCCUGCGCUGACCCACACUCUCACCAGCAUCAUCGAGGAGGCGGAGGAGACCGAGGCAGCCCGGCCCAGCCUGGGGCACGCCUCGUCCAGCCAGCGGGUCCCAGGGCCCGGCACCUCGGGUUCCUCCCUAGGCACAGUCGGGUUGGAGGUCGAGGCCGUGGACGUCACUGAGGCCGCCAGGGGCCAGCAGGAGGGGACGCUGCGCUCGGCCACCAUGGAGGUGGGCUGCGGCCAGUUCCGCGGUCAGCGGGUCUCUGUAUGGGAGGUCCUCUUCUCCUCGUACCUGAGCGAGGCCCGCAGAAAGGAGCUCCUUGCCCAGCACUUGGCUGGCACCCUGGGGCUGCCCGAGCUCGUUGCCACCCUCACCCAGAUCAUCGAGGAGAGCGAGGAGCGGCUCAGCAAGGUGUCCUUUCCUGGUCUGAGGCGCCAGGUGUCUGCAUCCGAGCUGCGCACUUCUGGGAUCUUGGAUUCCGACACCCUGCGUGACCUGGCCCAGGGCACCAAGACCCUGCAGGAGGUGAAGGAAAUGGACUCCGUGAAACGGUUCCUGGAGGGCACCAGCUGCAUCGCGGGCGUCCUGGUGCCCGUGCAGGGCGAGCCGGGCCGCCAGGAGAAGAUGAGCAUCUACCAGGCCAUGUGGAAGGGCGUGCUGCGGCCCGGCACGGCCCUGGUGCUCCUGGAGGCUCAGGCGGCCACCGGCUUUGUCAUCGACCCCGUGCACAACCGCAGACUGUCCGUGGAGGAGGCCGUGGCUGCGGGCGUGGUGGGUGGCGAGAUCCGAGAGAAGCUGCUGGCGGCCGAGCGCGCCGUCACUGGAUACACGGACCCCUACUCCGGGGAGCAGAUCUCGCUCUUCCAGGCCAUGCAGAGGGACCUCAUCGUCAGGGACCAUGGCAUCCGCCUGCUGGAGGCGCAGAUCGCCACGGGUGGCGUCAUCGACCCCGUGCACAGCCACCGCGUGCCCGUGGACGUGGCCUACCAGCGCGGCUACUUUGACCAGGAGAUGAACCAGGUGCUGGCUGACUCCAGCGACGACACCAAGGGCUUCUUCGACCCCAACACACACGAGAACCUCACCUACCUGCAGCUGCUGCACCGCUGUGUGCGUGACCCGGACACCGGGCUCUUCAUGCUUCAGCUGGCCGGCAAGGGCUCCGCCGUCAACCAGCUGAGCGAGGAGCUGCGCAGAGCCCUGCGUGAAGCCCGCGUGACCCCGGGCUCGGGAGACUUCCAGGGCCAGAGCAUCUCCGUCUGGGAGCUUCUCUUCUACCGUGAGGUGCCAGAGAGCACGCGCCAGGAUCUGCUGCGCAGGUACCAGGCGGGUGUGCUGACCGUCCAGGACCUUAGCACCACCCUCGUCUCGCAGCUGGCCCAGGCUGAGGACAGGAGGCCCCGCUCGGACCCACAGAGGGCCCUCAGUGUGGCCACCAUGGAGGUCAGGGUGGGACGACUCCGCGGUCACGCGGUGCCCGUGUGGGAUGUCCUGACGUCCGGCUACGUGAGCGUGCACAUCCGUGAGGAUCUGCUGGCCCAGCUCAGGUCGGGAAAGCUGGCCCUGCCUGCGCUGACCCACACUCUCACCAGCAUCAUCGAGGAGGCGGAGGAGACCGAGGCAGCCCGGCCCAGCCUGGGGCACGCCUCGUCCAGCCAGCGGGUCCCAGGGCCCGGCACCUCGGGUUCCUCCCUAGGCACAGUCGGGUUGGAGGUCGAGGCCGUGGACGUCACUGAGGCCGCCAGGGGCCAGCAGGAGGGGACGCUGCGCUCGGCCACCAUGGAGGUGGGCUGCGGCCAGUUCCGCGGUCAGCGGGUCUCUGUAUGGGAGGUCCUCUUCUCCUCGUACCUGAGCGAGGCCCGCAGAAAGGAGCUCCUUGCCCAGCACUUGGCUGGCACCCUGGGGCUGCCCGAGCUCGUUGCCACCCUCACCCAGAUCAUCGAGGAGAGCGAGGAGCGGCUCAGCAAGGUGUCCUUUCCUGGUCUGAGGCGCCAGGUGUCUGCAUCCGAGCUGCGCACUUCUGGGAUCUUGGAUUCCGACACCCUGCGUGACCUGGCCCAGGGCACCAAGACCCUGCAGGAGGUGAAGGAAAUGGACUCCGUGAAACGGUUCCUGGAGGGCACCAGCUGCAUCGCGGGCGUCCUGGUGCCCGUGCAGGGCGAGCCGGGCCGCCAGGAGAAGAUGAGCAUCUACCAGGCCAUGUGGAAGGGCGUGCUGCGGCCCGGCACGGCCCUGGUGCUCCUGGAGGCUCAGGCGGCCACCGGCUUUGUCAUCGACCCCGUGCACAACCGCAGACUGUCCGUGGAGGAGGCCGUGGCUGCGGGCGUGGUGGGUGGCGAGAUCCGAGAGAAGCUGCUGGCGGCCGAGCGCGCCGUCACUGGAUACACGGACCCCUACUCCGGGGAGCAGAUCUCGCUCUUCCAGGCCAUGCAGAGGGACCUCAUCGUCAGGGACCAUGGCAUCCGCCUGCUGGAGGCGCAGAUCGCCACGGGUGGCGUCAUCGACCCCGUGCACAGCCACCGCGUGCCCGUGGACGUGGCCUACCAGCGCGGCUACUUUGACCAGGAGAUGAACCAGGUGCUGGCUGACUCCAGCGACGACACCAAGGGCUUCUUCGACCCCAACACACACGAGAACCUCACCUACCUGCAGCUGCUGCACCGCUGUGUGCGUGACCCGGACACCGGGCUCUUCAUGCUUCAGCUGGCCGGCAAGGGCUCCGCCGUCAACCAGCUGAGCGAGGAGCUGCGCAGAGCCCUGCGUGAAGCCCGCGUGACCCCGGGCUCGGGAGACUUCCAGGGCCAGAGCAUCUCCGUCUGGGAGCUUCUCUUCUACCGUGAGGUGCCAGAGAGCACGCGCCAGGAUCUGCUGCGCAGGUACCAGGCGGGUGUGCUGACCGUCCAGGACCUUAGCACCACCCUCGUCUCGCAGCUGGCCCAGGCUGAGGACAGGAGGCCCCGCUCGGACCCACAGAGGGCCCUCAGUGUGGCCACCAUGGAGGUCAGGGUGGGACGACUCCGCGGUCACGCGGUGCCCGUGUGGGAUGUCCUGACGUCCGGCUACGUGAGCGUGCACAUCCGUGAGGAUCUGCUGGCCCAGCUCAGGUCGGGAAAGCUGGCCCUGCCUGCGCUGACCCACACUCUCACCAGCAUCAUCGAGGAGGCGGAGGAGACCGAGGCAGCCCGGCCCAGCCUGGGGCACGCCUCGUCCAGCCAGCGGGUCCCAGGGCCCGGCACCUCGGGUUCCUCCCUAGGCACAGUCGGGUUGGAGGUCGAGGCCGUGGACGUCACUGAGGCCGCCAGGGGCCAGCAGGAGGGGACGCUGCGCUCGGCCACCAUGGAGGUGGGCUGCGGCCAGUUCCGCGGUCAGCGGGUCUCUGUAUGGGAGGUCCUCUUCUCCUCGUACCUGAGCGAGGCCCGCAGAAAGGAGCUCCUUGCCCAGCACUUGGCUGGCACCCUGGGGCUGCCCGAGCUCGUUGCCACCCUCACCCAGAUCAUCGAGGAGAGCGAGGAGCGGCUCAGCAAGGUGUCCUUUCCUGGUCUGAGGCGCCAGGUGUCUGCAUCCGAGCUGCGCACUUCUGGGAUCUUGGAUUCCGACACCCUGCGUGACCUGGCCCAGGGCACCAAGACCCUGCAGGAGGUGAAGGAAAUGGACUCCGUGAAACGGUUCCUGGAGGGCACCAGCUGCAUCGCGGGCGUCCUGGUGCCCGUGCAGGGCGAGCCGGGCCGCCAGGAGAAGAUGAGCAUCUACCAGGCCAUGUGGAAGGGCGUGCUGCGGCCCGGCACGGCCCUGGUGCUCCUGGAGGCUCAGGCGGCCACCGGCUUUGUCAUCGACCCCGUGCACAACCGCAGACUGUCCGUGGAGGAGGCCGUGGCUGCGGGCGUGGUGGGUGGCGAGAUCCGAGAGAAGCUGCUGGCGGCCGAGCGCGCCGUCACUGGAUACACGGACCCCUACUCCGGGGAGCAGAUCUCGCUCUUCCAGGCCAUGCAGAGGGACCUCAUUGUCAGGGACCAUGGCAUCCGCCUGCUGGAGGCGCAGAUCGCCACGGGUGGCGUCAUCGACCCCGUGCACAGCCACCGCGUGCCCGUGGACGUGGCCUACCAGCGCGGCUACUUUGACCAGGAGAUGAACCAGGUGCUGGCUGACUCCAGCGACGACACCAAGGGCUUCUUCGACCCCAACACACACGAGAACCUCACCUACCUGCAGCUGCUGCAGAGGGCUACUCUGGAACCUGAGAGUGGUCUUUUGUUUCUGUCUGUCUCUAAGGUCUGAUUCAGUGUUAUACUAAAUAGAAUCACCAUUUUUUAAAAAAUCAUUUCCUUAUUCUGAUCUUGGACAUCUAUUGUCUUUGUAGUGUUUAGAAAACAUUCUAUUGAAUUUUAUUUAUUCGAUAGAGAGAGAGAGGGAAAGAGAGAGCUAGAGAGAAAGUCAGGUAGAGUGCUGUUGCAGUCAAACUCCAUAUGCAUGCACCACCUCAUAUGUCUGGCUUACGCGGGUCUUGGGUAGCUGUACAUGGGUCCUUUGGCUUUGCAGGCAAGCACCUUAACCACUAAGCCAUCUCUCCAGGCUGUCUGUCUUGGUGUGUUUUAACUGGCUGGCAGUUGUACGUCUUCAGUUAUAGUGGAUUUAAAUUCUU